AUGGAAGCCGGAACACCUGCCGAACUCAGUGGGGUGAAAGCCCAUCAACUGGCGAUCCAGUACCUUGAGCCACUUCUAUCGCCUGUUGCCUUGGAACCAACUGGUAAUUUGGAAGCUCCGUGGAGGAUCUAUCUGUUCGGGGCUGGUGCCAUCGCACGCCUCCACGCAGCUGCAGCCAAGAAACUUGACAGGUACCAGCUGUUUGCUGCCGACCCCUCAAAUGAGGCCCGUGAGAGUUUCUCAAAAGCCUUUCCUCAUGCUAAAGUGUUUGAAGACGCAGAGGUGAUGCUAGCUAGCUCCCCGGCACAGGAUCGCGAUAUAGUCGUCGUUGCUGUGCCUCCUUGGCUGCAUCAUUCGGCGGCAUUGGCUUCCAUCCGGUCCAAGAGGCACGUCUUGUGCGAGAAGCCAGUGGCAUUAUCGCAAGCUGAGCUCGAUGACUUGCUCGCUGCUGCCCGCAAUACCGGUCGUCAUUUCGGUGACUGCAGCGUCCGGUUCUUGUGCAACGACGCUUUAGGCCGCGCCCGGGAAAUUGUCUCGUCUGGGGGUAUUGGAUCUCCCUAUCACGCACGCUUGGUUAACCGGAACCCUCGAAUCCGUCCAGGUAUUGAGUUCCAGCCGGAAAGCAAAUGGUUCCUGGACAAGACACAAGCUGGCGGCGGCAUCUCCUUUGACUGGGGUGUCUAUGACCUUUCGAUGCUGUUCGACGUCCUACGCCCUGUUGCGGUGCAUGUCCACCAUGCAUAUACCGCCGCACCACCAACAGGAGCUGAUCCGCCUGAUUGUAAUAUCACUGUGGAGUCGCACGUUGGUGCAGCAAUGUCUCUGGAACUGGAAAAUGGUGCCACGGUAGCACUAGACUUUGAGCGCGCGAGCGGAUUUCACGGCGAAUCUCAAUCGAUACUGAACGUUGACGGCUCGACAGGUGGCUUGUCCUGGGAGUGGUGUCCUCCUUUUGAGAACGAUUCAGUCCAGCUGAUGCACUACGUGGAUGUGGCGGGCAAAGUUGAUAAGAGGCUGGAGCAAUUCCCUGCUUUUGGGUGGGAUGAAGUCCACGGUCGUCCGCUGCUCGCAUUCGUUGACCUAGUUGCCGGUCGCGAUAGCGUUAUCUUGCCAGCUAGGAGGCUUGCGUUUAACUACGCUGUCCUAUUGGCUAUAUACCAGUGUGCUGCUGAUGGUAAGCCUAUAGAUGUUCAUCUCAAGAGUUAG